AUUCACCACCCUAUACCAAAGUAUUUCUCAACGCAGAGUGCAAUGCAUUCAAAAAGCCCGUCAAGACGGCAUGCGUGUAUACGAUGUAUCCAAUUGAAAGCCAAAUGUGUCUUAGUUGACAAUGGACGAUGUCAGCGAUGUGCGAGACUUGAUCGCCACUGUACUUUCCCAGACGGCUCGCUCAGGAAUACAAGCAUCAGAAAUAACCGCAUCGAUACCAUUCAGCACCAGGUCGACAGACUUGCUGCUCAAGUGCACGCUGAUAAGGUAUCUCCGAACAGAUCCAGCCCUUGCCCCCCCCGAAAUCUUAUACAUUAACUUUUCUUCAAUAGGGCUCAGGAAUGAACCUGACGCCCGUAUCAGCAACGAAAUCCUGUUCUGUAAGCCCCAAGCCCAAAUGGCGCAACGAUUUC